AUGGCUCGUGAGCGUUGGCUUCAUCAUCUGGACUACUUGAUCACGCUAGUCGGUUAUAGCGUCGGUGCUGGGACGUUUCUAAAGUUCCCAUAUCUGUGUAUGCGGAACGGCGGGGGUGCUUUCCUCCUUCUCUUCAUGCUGUUUACCGUUAUCGGCGCCAUCCCCUGUGUAUUUGUGGAGAUGGUCAUUGGUCAGUUCUCGCAGAGUGGUCCUGUCACAGUAUGGAACAUGUGCCCUCCAUUCAAAGGAAUAGGACUGGGGACAGUAGUCAUCUCGUGGAUAUACGCCACCUACAACUCGGCGAUAUUCGCCUGGUAUAUGUACUACUUCUUCAAUUCCUUCUCAACCUACCUUCCAUGGACGCAUUGCAGCAACGAGUGGAACACGCCCAGUUGUGUAUCGCACAACACAGACGUCAACGACGUUAACAACAACGUCUCCACAAAUGUUACCAUCGGGGGCUUGACAGCUGCAGAGGAAUAUUGGAGGUAG